GGAGAAGUCCCCCCUGCACUGACACAGCCCAGAAAUGGCUCCUGGAAAGUGGCUGCCUCUUUGGCUAGCAUGGAUGGGGACUUUGGUAGCCCUGAGCCAACAAGCGCCAAGGUUGCUGAUGGUUGCCCCCAGCGUGGUGCCUGUGGGGGUAGAGGUGGGGGUUGUGCUUCAGGUCGAGGAAGCCCCCUCUGGGCUCUCAGGCAUGGUCUAUUUCCAGAACGAAAACGACGAGAGUGUGAAAUGUUCUGCCGAGGUCCCGUUCAACCUCAAGCCCGACAGCUUCCUGGAAAGAGUUACCUUGAUGGUGACCCAUGAACAUUUUGUGCAGUGCGGCUUGUCUGCCCUGCGAAGAGACCGUUACAUCCAACUCGUUGCUCGCAGCUCAGAUCUGCCCAGUCCCAAUGGCAUCCAAACCCUCAACCUGCGCUGGACCACUCGCCGAGGGUACCUGUUGAUUCAGACAGACAAGCCCAUCUAUACCCCUGGGCAGAACGUGUAUUUCCGAAUCUUUGCCCUGGACUCCAAGCUGCUGCCAACCUUUGAGCCUGUCUUCAUCACUAUUCAGAACGCACGGGGUCUUCAGGUUCGGAGAAAUCAGGUUGUGGCAAUGAAUUUCGUGAUAAAGGAUCAUCUAACAAUCCCUGCUAUCUCUGAGCCUGGUAUUUGGCAAAUCACAGCCCAGUUUCUCAACACUCCAGGUUCCAACACAACCACAGAGUUUGAGGUGAAAAAAUAUGUGCUUCCUAAUUUUGAGGUGACGAUUAUUCCUGAACGGAAAUACUUUCUCCUCUCAGAGCGGCAGGACUCUGAUUUGCAAAUUGACCUCCAGGCUAAAUUUUUCUAUGGAAAGGGUGUUGGUGGCACAGCCUAUGUGCGAUUUGGUGUGAGGGAUGAGAAUGGGGAAAAAAUUCUUAUCCAAGGAUUGGAGCAACAAGUUGUGGUGUUGGACGGCCAUGCCUCAGUGACCCUUAAAAGCAGCCUCCUUAGGAUGAAACUGGAUCGCCCCCUAGAGGACCUAAUUGGAAGAUCACUGUACAUUGCAGCCACUGUCAUAGAGACAGCGAGUGGAGAGUUGGAAGAGCAGGACCUGACGUCGGUGAAAUUUGUGACUUCUCCAUAUUCAGUAGACCUGUCCCAAACAAAGCGGUAUUUUGUGCCCAGUACACCCUUUGAACUGCUGGCUACAGUCUCACUACCAGAUGGUUCACCUGUUCCUCACCUCCCGGUCCACUUCUCUGCCCAGAUAGACAAUUUGUCCCCACUAAAUGGCCAAGUGAAUAGUGAUGGUCAUGGAAUUGUGACAUACGCAAUCAACACUCCUGCUACAGCUAAAACAAUCACUUUCACGAUAACAGCUGGGACGGAGUCUCCAGCCAAAGUCACUCUAAGUAUCAAAGCCAUGAGCUCCGAAGGAGGCAGUUACUUGGUCAUUCUUGGGCAGAGUAACCAAGUCUUGAACCCAGGAGACACCCUCAUGUUGGGGCUGAAGUCCAUCGGACCUGACAACUUCUCCAACUUCUACUACAUGGUCUUGAACAAAGGAGAGAUCGUCUCUGCCAGCAGCAUAACCCACAGCUCCUAUACUGCAGUCUCCAUCCGCAUCACGCCCAACCUGAUGCCAGCGUUUCGGUUUGUGGCCUUUUACCACGUGAAGGGCAAAAUUGUGGCAAAUUCCAUCUGGGUGGAUGUUGUUGACACCUGCAAAGGGAAGCUGCGUCUCCACACAUCAGAAAACCUUCGUCAGCCGCGACCCCAGGAGACUGGGCAACUCAUCGUCGACACCGAUGUUAUGUCUUCUGUCUCGCUUGUCGCUGUGGACAUGGCUGUCUAUGCCCUCAAUGGGAAGAAUCGCCUCACUCAGGGCAAGGUUUUCCAGGCCAUGGGAAGUUAUGAUCUGGGCUGCACAGCUGGCAGUGGGGAAAACACCCUUGGCGUUUUUACUGAUGCUGGGCUUUCCGUCCGUGCAGGCAAUCUGAAGAGCCCACUCCGAAAAGCCCAUGGAUGCAAUGUGGACGUUUCCCGGAAGAAGCGCUCCCUUCAGUUGCAAACUCAACUCCAGGAGAGGCUUAAGAAGUAUUUAGACUCUGAUGCUCAGAGAUGCUGUCGGGAUGGUAUGAUGAGGAUUCCCAUGCCCUUAACGUGUGAGCAGCGGGCCAAGCGGGUCCGGGGUCAAUGUGCCGUCGUUUUCCUUGACUGCUGCCAAUAUGCGACUAGACUGCGACGCAGAUCCUGGGAAUCCAAUAGUCUUGCACGGACUCAUGGCCAAGAAGAAGAAGAUGAUGAUUUCUUUGAUGAAGAUUUUGGUAAAGUCCGGAGUUUCUUUCCCGAGAGCUGGCUUUGGAAAACAGAAAAGGUGGAAGGGACCGAAAAGGUAGAUGUGCGGCUUCCUGACUCCAUCACCACCUGGGAGAUACAGGCCAUAAGCAUCUCAGCUGAGAAAGGAAUCUGUGUCUCGGACCCUCUUCGAAUCGUAGUCUUCCAAGAUUUCCACAUUUCUCUGAGGCUGCCGUAUUCGGUGAAACGGUUUGAACAGAUAGAACUUCGUCCAGUUCUGUACAACUAUUUGUCUAAGUCGAUCACAGCCUCAGUCUUCCUACAUCCUGCUGAGGGCAUCUGUUCUCCAGCAACCAUGGGCCCAACUCAGAAGAAGAAAAUAGUGGUUCCUCGGAAUUCGGCUGUACCUGUUCCCUUCGUUUUGGUCCCUAUGGGAACAAGCAACAUCCCUAUCACUGUUACAGCCACUGUUGUAGGUGGCUGGGGAGCUGGGGACAGAGUUACCAAGACCCUACGGAUUGAGAGAGAGGGCGCCAUCGAAACAGAGGAGUUCACCAUCCCUCUGGAUAACCCAGACGGCCUCUCUAGAAGCGAGGUGAUUUCAGGAAACGUGCCCUCCAACGCCAUUCCUGACGGAGACUUCAAGAUAAAUGUCCGUUUGACAGGAUCGGUGCCGACAGAUACCCUAGAGAACUCUCUGUCGCCGGAGGGUGUGUCGAAAUUGCUUCAGGUUCCAAAUGGAUGUGGGGAGCAAACCAUGGUUUUACUGGCUCCCGCGAUCUAUGCAAUGAAGUACCUGGACAAGACAGAGCUGUGGAUCAAGCUGAAAGAAGAGAGCAAGCAAAAAGCCCUGCAAAACCUACGCACAGGCUAUGAGCGAAUGCUUGAUUUCCAGAAAUCAGAUGGAUCCUAUGGAAUUUUUCUCAGUUUGCCCAGCAGUACUUGGCUGACAGCUUUUGUGGUGAAGGUUUUUUCUCUGGCCCGCGAUUAUCAGUCCGUGGAUGAGGCUGGGAUCCGAAAGUCGGUGCAGUGGCUGCUGAGGAACCAAGAGUCUGAUGGUUCUUUCCAGGAUCCACAACCAGUCUGGGAUCGGGGAAUGCAAGGUGGCGUUGCUGGUGCUCAUGAGCGUAUCUCCCUAACGGCUUUUGUUGCCAUUGCGCUGAAGCACGCCUUGGUCGCCUACGAGAUGAAGGAGUCUGACCCUGAGAAGGAAGAACAGCUGACACAAGUGAAACAAAGCUUAGCUCGGGCCACUGCCUUCCUGGCCUGCUCACUGGAUGAUCCAUCCCUGGGCCCCUACCCCGUCGCCAUCUCCAGUUACGCCCUCUCAUUCACUUCAAACAACCGGUCGGCCAUUGCCGCUGCUGAUGCCCUCCUGAGGAAGCUGGCCACACAGGAUCAAAACGACACAGUGAUGUACUGGGCGAUAGAGGAUCAGGAGCGACUGCACGGGGGAAGGACGUCGGCUCUAGCCAUCUCAGUGGAGGCCACGGCCUACGGGCUGCUUCAUCUAGUGAAGCAAAAUGACUCUGAAGCGGCCAGCAAAGUGGCUCGAUGGCUGACGGAGCAGAGGAACUACGGGGGAGGCUUCAAGUCAACCCAGGACACAGUUGUGGCUCUGGAAGCUCUAUCCAAGUAUUGGAUCAGCACCUACAGAAAGGAAGACAACGAAUUGAAAGUGACCCUCGCUGUCCCUGGGAAAGGCUUGCCAUUCCAGAUGUCAUUUGGGAGGUCCGAUGACGUGGUUGAAGAAGAGCUGCAGUUUACCUCAGGGAAUGACAUCCAGGUGAAGGUGGAAGGGAAAGGAAGAGGAACUUUGACUGUCUUAAAGCAGUUUCACGUCUUGGCAGUGCAGAACAAUUCCUGUCAGACCCUCGGUGUAGAGGUGAAGCUGAGUGGUGCGGUUCAAUAUCGGCCAGACAUACAUGACUAUUACUACGAAUAUGAAGAUUAUGGCACAGAGGAGGACUCUGAGUCAGACCCACCCUCACCUGCUGACCAGCCGCUCUCGCCCAUCCAGAUCUUUGAUGCCCGGCAGCGUCACAGGCGAGAAGCCAGAGAACCGGGGCAGCAGCCGCAGAAAGUUGUUUACAAUGUCUGUUUGUGGGAGGCAGCCAGGGAGCAUACGUCCACAGGCAAUUUUGGCUGGCAUUGCUUGACAUCACGCGAUGCUGGAGGUUUGACUUCUGAGCCUCGGACAAGGAUGACCUGGACAAGACCGUCCUCUUCACCUGGGCGUUUGGCUGACUCCCCCUACUUGGAGUGGAGACCCGAGGUGUCCCUGCGGGAUCUCUCCGAUCAGUACAUCAACCAUUGGGAGAUGCAAGGGCAACGGCUGCUGCUGUACUUCAUCUCGGUGCCCAUCUCGGGACGUGAAUGUGUCUCAUUUGAGGCAAAACAGCUAAUCCCUGUGGGAAAACUCCAACCAGCCAGCGUCAAAGUGUAUGACUUUUAUGAACCAGCAAAGAGCUGCAGUACUUUCUACGGUGCACCCAACAAGCCCCAGUUUGUGUCGACGUUGUGCUCAGAAGAUGUCUGCCAGUGUGCCGAAGGUGUCUGCCCACGUUUGAAGCGGACCGUCGAACAGGCCAUUGCAAAAGCUUCUCGCAUGGAGUUUGCGUGUUACAGCCCCCGUGUGCACUACGGGCUGCGAGUUCGAGUGGAGAAAGAGAUCAGUGCAAGUGCCUUCCGCAUCUAUGAAACAAAGAUCUUGGAACCCUUGCAGUACACUGCUGACGUGGGGGUCUCCAUUAACCAGACUCGGCGUUUUGUGGUCCGUGCGGCAUGUCGGACACGCUUGGAAAAAAACCGCCAGUAUCUUCUGAUGGGACGUGAUGGGGAAACUCGGGACCCUGAAGGCCGCCCCCAGUACCUGCUGGAUUUGAACUCAUGGGUGGAGGAGCUACCCACUCCUGGACAGUGCAAGAGCACCAAGAAUCGCAACAAGUGUGUUGACCUCCAUGCUUUUACCACGGCCUUUGCUGAGACUGGUUGUCAAGUGUAAGCCAGGGAAAUGGAGUGGUGUCUCUCUGUGCUAUGGGGCUCCACACCAACCUUUGCCUCUGAACAGAGCAAGAGAGCUUGACUUUGGGGCUUUCCCCACUGACAGAGUUGAACUGGUUUCUACCUAGGUUCGCCUCAGUGAAUCCCCACUGCCACCGAGCUCAACAUUGUUUUGUCUCAGUUCCCCGC